GUUUAUACAAUUGUAGAAAGGACGUGUUCCAAUCAUCCCUUGCAUAACUAUGGCGUCGCACUGCAGCCUCGGUAUUAGUAUGCGGGGAAGCCAAGGGUCAUAGUGAGGGGAGAAACACUGCACUUCAUUCUCUCCGAAACCUUACAAUCCUUUCCUACUCAGAUUCACUCCAAACAGUAGAGUAGAAAGCUGUACAAACAUGCCCAUCUUCAGGAGCCCGCAUAAGGACAUUGACCUUCCCACCGAUAUCACAAUAUUCGAGUGGCUCUUUGGGGAGAAGUCCAAGUUCUCGCCCCUCAACAAGUUCCCCGAGGAGGACCUGGCAGGCUAUCUAGAUGCAUCUACUGGAGAUCGGGUAUCGUGGAAGGAAGUGAGGUCAGCGGCCACAUACAUAUCGACCGCGCUUCACAAGAAGUAUGGGUUCCAGACAGGGGAUACACUGUCGCUGUUCAGCAGGAACUCUAUAUGGUACCCCGUGACGUUGUUUGCGGCCGUCAGGAUCGGUGGCGUCGUCUCUGGUGCUUCCCCGGCGUAUAACGUGGAGGAGAUGACCUACGCCCUGAAGACGGCGAACGCCAAGUUUCUGGCAACCCACCCGUCUUCGAUGGCCGUGGCGGCCCGGGCGGCAGAGAAUGCCGGAAUCCCCCAGUCUCAUGUGUUCCUGCUGGAGGGGUCGCUCGAGGGCUACACGACCGUCCAGGACCUGAUCAAAGUCGGCAAAAGCUAUGGCGACGCCGGCCAAGUUGCUCCUUUCGAGCUUCCGAAGGGCAAGAAGAACAAGGACAUCUGCGCCUUUCUGAGCUUCUCAUCGGGGACUACAGGUCUUCCGAAAGCUGUGAUGAUAUCACACCAGAACGUGAUAGCUCAAUCCCUGCAGGUCGAGCAGCUGACACCGGAAGACCACAGGCAAGUCCUCGGGGCCCUGCCUCUGUUCCACAUCACAGGGCUGGUGCACAGCCUCCACUUCCCCGUCUUCCUCAACGCGGAGGUGAUCAUGCUGCCGGAGUUCUCCAUGCAGGCGAUGCUCGAGACCAUCGUCAAGUACCAGAUCCGGGAGCUGCUGCUCGUGCCGCCGCUGCUGAUCCGCCUGGUGCGCGACCCGAUCGUGGACAGGUACGACCUCCGCUGCGUGCGGCGCUUCUCCAGCGGCGCCGCGCCCGUGUCGGAGGAGAUCCUGCAGCUCCUGCAGCAGAGGUUCCCCUGGACGGGGUUCAAGCAGGGCUACGGGAUGACGGAGUCGUGCUCGUGCAUUACGGCCCACCCUCCCGACGCGUACGACUACAAGUUCGCGCACAAGGUCGGCAAGGUCGUCGCGAGCACCGAGGUCAGGAUCAUCAAGGAGGACGGGUCGGAGGCCGGGGUCGGGGAGCCCGGAGAGAUACUGGCCAGGGGUCCACAGAUCGUCAUGGGGUACCUGAACAACGACAAGGCGACCCGGGACACGUUCGAGGCCGGAGGUUGGCUCCGCACGGGCGACCAGGGCGUCAUGGACGGAGACGGCUUCAUCACGAUUACUGAUCGGCUCAAGGAGAUGAUCAAGGUCAAGGGUAUAGCCGUGGCGCCUGCGGAGCUCGAAGACCUGCUUCUAGGACAUGACAAGAUUGAGGAUUGCGCGGUGCUGAGCAUUCCCGACGACAGAGCAGGAGAGCGGCCCAAGGCGUUCGUCGUUGUAAAGAAGGGGUAUUGUGCCGAUGAGGCGAUCGGGCUAGACAUUAUCAAGUAUGUGGAGGAGCGAAAGGUCAGACAUAAGUGGAUCAAGGAGGUCGAGUUUAUCGAUGAUAUUCCCAAGAGCGCAAGUGGUAAGAUCUUGAGAAGGGUUCUAAGAGAUGCUGCGAAACAGGGUGCCAGUAGGAUCGUUGUAAAUGCUGCACCUAGAGAAAGAGCGAAACUGUAGCAGACCACUUGUCAUUGGAUCUUGAUCAUGGUGUAAAUAUUACUGAUAAAUAUUUUCCAUGGUUAUGGUAGAGCACUAACUAGGAGAGGGAAUGGUUCUGAGCCUUGGCACGGAGGGUACGUUUGUAGACAUAAGAACGUAAAGCCUCCACUAUACUGCAGUGACUGCUAUAGUUUCCUUUGA